GACAGCAUACCGGCGUUUUGCUUAUAGGUUCAUGGCCAAUCAAGCUUCUGUACUACUAUGUCUCGCGCCAGUUGGCAUGAUGCAGUGCGGGUGAGGAACACGUUGCACUGAACAGAUCAGCAGAGAUCAAACGCUCCUGAUGCUUGCGUAUUGAUACGAGCUCUCCCCCCGGAAAUCCGCAGUUCCGAGACCCAAGCACCCUAUCGGCACACCUUCAAAUGACCAUUUCGUGCACAUUCACAGAGCACGGAAUCUGCAUGAUCGUCGUCGUCAGAUUCGGAGAGGGCAGUCGGAGGCCGCAAUCAUUCGGAGACAGCCGCCUCAUGGUGGCGACGUACGCGACGCACAGGCUGCACGGACGACAACCCUCCAGAUCUAAUCCGCCACGCGAGCUUCUACUGCCCCUUUUCCCUCUGCCUUGCCCGCAUCCCCGGUGCCCGAGCCUUCGUCCUCGAUCCGUCUUACGCCAUACACGACCUUGCGAAUCUCAUUGUUUCACGGGACCGGAGAGGGUGCGGCUCGCUUGUGCGAGGCGCAGUGCCACGGCGCCCAAACGAGCCUUUUGGAAUCUCGUUGUCCACUCGGGGGAAGGUUCGAAAUUCACGCUGACCGUCUCGGUACUGUUACGUGCACGCUGUGUACGGCCCCUUCUGUCUUUUCGGGCGACCCCACAACGGGAAGGCUUUGGAGCGGAGCAGUAGACCUGGCGCCGAGUGUCCGCAACAGACAGGCAGUAGCGACGUGCUGUGCAAGCAUGGACACGGUCGCGGCCUGGCUCUGUUCGUCGGGGAACGCACGGAUCGCGCUUUGUCUCCUGCACGCUCGCCUCCUCGCUUGGUCGCCAAACCUC